CGAGAUAGAAGGGGAAGACACUUGGCGAGUACGAGAGGGUGGGAAGGCCGAAAGGGGCGCAGGAAGAAGGCCUCGCGGAGGCGGUUUCGGGGGCAAUUCGAAAAAUAAGUCGAGGAGGCGCGCGCGACAAGCACGGCACUUGAUCGAAGAGACGCUCGUCGGUCGAGUGUGAGGGAGUUGCGAGAGAGUGCCGGCGAGAGAGUGCUCAUACUGAGGAUUAAUAACGUACCGACGAAAAGAAGAGAGAAUAAAGAAGUCGGCCUAACGUUUGUUCUAACCCCCAUAACAAUUUUCCAUAAUAGGAAAUAAUCAUCUAUCUAUCUACGUAUCUACGUCAGUGUGUUGUACUUUCGUGUUAAAAAAAAAAAAAAAAAGAAAAAGAAGGAAGUGAUUGAAAAAAGACUCGUUGGUUAACGUAGUUAAGUGAUUGAUGUAGUUGAAUAUCGAUUGAAAAAUUGUUGAUAGAAGGGUUUAAAGAUAUUAAUCCGUCUCUAAGAUGUCUCUUAUGGAUAUCGAACAUUUUUUAAAAGUAAAUCGUCUUUCGUAUUGAUGCGAGUGUCGAUUAAUAGAUCGAUAAUAGUCAAUCGUAAGGGCUCGCGUUUGAUCCGUUAAGAGAGAAAAUAGAAUUUUUAGAUAGAAGGUUUGCGAAUAAAAUAAGGAUAGUAAAAGGUAUGAUGGAGGAGGAGAAGAGAAGCGAGACUUCGCCAAAACCUUCUCAACCGACGCCGUUCAGCAUCGCAGAUAUUCUCAGUCGUAGAACGUCUCAUGGUGAACACGAAAAACGUUCAAUUAUCGAAAACGACGAGAUCCAAACCACUGGUGUUUGCGAUUCGGUAAAGAGAAUCACGUUUGAACGUGAUAUUAACGGAGGACGUGAAAUCGAACGUGAACGUUUGCUCGUUGCUGGAUUUCCAAGAUUACCAUCGCCCGACACUAACAUGGCACGAGAGUUGGAUAUACUAAGGAGAAAUCUAGCGCACGCGAACCUCUCGAGUUUUGGUGGGUUGCCGCACUUAGGCCAGACAUCCUUCAAGCAUCUCGAAACAUUGGGUAACCUUCCGGCUUAUCAGGCAAGCAAAGAAUCCAGGGAAUCAUCUCAAAGACAACAGGACGAGGCAUUGGAUAUGAGCAAAAGCAAGUACCUUGACGAAAUGGAAGAAGACAUAUUCGAGUCGCAAAAUCACGGACAAAGCUUGCAAAGCAGGAAAAAACGUAGCAGGGCAGCGUUCUCUCAUGCUCAGGUCUACGAAUUGGAAAGAAGAUUCGCAGCUCAAAAAUAUUUGUCCGGACCUGAACGUGCUGACCUUGCACGAGGAUUAAAACUCACCGAGACCCAAGUUAAGAUAUGGUUUCAAAACCGACGAUACAAAACCAAAAGACGUCAGCAACAGGAAUUGGGAGCAAUGGUGAAUUCCGGAAAUGCGAGACGCGUAGCCGUACGCGUUUUGGUACAUCCUGAUGAACAUUUGAGAGGAUUACCUCUUCGUGGUUCCGGACAACUUCCCGGACAAAUGUCGAGCCCGCAGAUUCAUCCGGCUAACAAAGCCCUCGGUGGUUUCCCUUACUAUUGUCUGCCCUAUCACCCCUUGCUUUGUCCGCCUUUACACUCAACCCACAUACAGGUACAAAACGCGAUCACGCCCGAUCUCGAUCAGGGACAAAUAGUAAAAUUAAACAACGACAAGUAAAAUCUUCUACAAAUCGAAAAUCAUUUAUCUCUAAAGAAGAAGAAUUAUCUUCGAUCGACAUUUCUACCUUCGAUGGGACGUCUUGUGUCGAAUUUUUAUUAAAAAAAAAAUAAUAAUAAUAAUGAAUAUAUAUAUAUAUAUGAGAGAGAGAGAGAGAGAGAGAGAGAGAGAGAGAGAGAGAGAGAGAGACACGAAAGCGACUCAUUCUUUUAGAUUUAUUAGCGUGUGAAGUUUCUAAGCGUCGGCGGGUGUUCAUCGUCAGACAUUCUAUACAUAAUAAUAAAUAAAUAAAUAAAUAUAUAUAUAUAUAUAAACCUAGAUAUACAUAUAUAUAUAUAUUUAUUAUAUAUACAACGUAGGUGCGAGCGUGUAAAUUAGAGUGUAAAUAAGUGUAUAAAAAAAUGGUUUGACGAAAUCGUGGAGCAAAAUGUUCGAUCGACGAAAUAUUUAUUUACCACUACUUAACUUCAAUCUAUCGCGUUGAUUAUACCAAAGAUGGCAUAUGUGCAAUAUAAAAAAUGAGAAAGAGAGAGAGAGAGAGAGAGAGAGAGAGAGAGACAGAAAGAUAUCUGCAAAAUCGAUUGUAUUUCGUUGCUAAGAAUUAUUACAUCAAUACAUUUAUUAUUAUUAUUAUUAUUAUUAUUAUUAUUAUUAAUUAUUAUUAAUUAUUAUUAUUAUUAUUAUUAUUAUUAUUAUUAUUAUUAUUAUUAUUGUAUCCUCACAAAGGGAUCGAAUGUUACACUCGUUUCUCUGUAGCACGCGGCGAUUCGAGAUGUAUCUAUAAAAAAAAUACAAAUUCGCUCAUUAA